AUGGCCACUAUUGCGAAGCCCUCCACCUGCUGCGGCAAGGGUGGUGACUCCUGCGUCUGCGCCCAGAAGGCCACCUGCUCCUGCGGCGCCAAGCCCGCCCUCCAGUGCUCCUGUGACAAGGCCGCCACGGAGAACGUCAAGCCUGCCUCCUCCGCCUCCUGUGCCUGCGGUCUCCGGGCUGCUGGGGCUUGCACAUGCGAGAAGAACGGGGCUGUGGGCAGCAGCAACCCCAACGAGAUUGACUUCACGACGAAGAAAUAA